AACACAGGCCAAAGGGCAAAAGGAGUAUGUAUGCAUACUCAUUUACUGCAACCAACAACUAGGGAUGAACGUUGGAGAGCCUUCUAUGAUUCCAUCCAAACUCCAAAAACAAGAGAACAUCAAUCAACGUUGUUCCAGCUCCCCACUUUCUUCCCCUUCUUUGCAAGGGUUUUAGCUAGGGUUUUGUGCUGGCUGGCAACAGGGAAGAUUGUGGGAUCUCUGUUUCAUGGAAGGUUGUGCUCAUAUCAUAUCUGCAUCUAAUCCGAGCAUGGCUAACUGGACUUGCUAGCUGUUAACUUUUUCCAACUUGACUAUGAGGCUGAAACAAUAACUAUCCCAAACUGAUUUUUUCCCUCAGAAAUUAUUUGGAAGGAGAUGCUUGGGUAAAUGAAGGGGAGAGAUUGAUCGUAUAGUUUUGGUUUUGGGGUGAAAGGUAAUCACAGAGAUGAAGUUUAUGAAACUUGGGACAAGGCCGGACACCUUCUAUACUGAAGAAGCUACUAGGACUGUGACUUCGGAUGUACCUAGCGACCUCGCCAUACAAAUCAACAACAUUAGGUAUCUCCUCCACAAGCUGCAGCCUACACUUCUCUCUAAGUGUGGCCUCUUACAACGUCUUUGUUCUGAUUCCGGUGAUUCUACCAACAUCUGUCUACAACUUCAUGAUAUUCCUGGAGGCGAAGAUGCUUUUGAGAUAUGUGCCAAGUUCUGUUAUGGGAUAACAAUUAAUCUUAGUGCUCAUAACUUUGUGCCUGCAUUUUGCGCUGCUAAGUUCCUUCGAAUGACAGAAUCAAUAGAGAGAGCAAACUUUGUUCUUAAAUUGGAAGCUUUCUUUAAUUCAUGCAUUCUUGAAGGCUGGAAGGAUUCCAUUGUCACGCUGCAGACUACUAUUAAGUUACCUGAAUGGUCAGAAAAUCUUGGGAUCAUCAGAAGGUGCAUAGACUCCAUUACUGAGAAAAUCCUCACCCCCACAGGGAAGGUCACAUGGUCCUACACUUAUACUAGACCGGGGUACACAAAGAAACGCCACCAGUCCAUCCCAAAGGAUUGGUGGACCGAAGAUGUAUCUGACCUCGAUGUAGAACUGUUUCGAUGUGUAAUUACUGCUAUUAGGUCGACAAAUAUGUUGCCAUCACAGCUUAUUGGUGAAGCUUUGCAUGUCUUUGCCUGUCGUUGGCUCCCUGAUGCUACAAAGAAUAGGCUGCCUGAAAGUUCAACAUCUCAAACUGAAGAAUUUAUGGGGAAGAAUCGACAAGUUCUUGAGAAUAUUGUUGGUAUGAUUCCAGCUGACCCAAAGUCGGUAUCAAUUGGCUUCUUACUAAGGCUCCUCAACAUAUCUAAUUUUCUUGGGGCAUCUCCAGUAACAAAGGCAGAAAUUAUAAGACAAUCUGGUAGGCUAUUUGAGGAGGCAACAGUGAAUGACCUGCUUUUUCCUUCACACUCACCUUCUGAUCGACAUUUUUAUGAUAUUGCCUCGGUUGGGACUGUAUUAGAAAGUUUUAUGGUUCUAUGGAGACGACAAUCACCCACAAAAGACAAACAACAGGCCUUGAUAUCAAUUAGGAAGGUUGGAAAGCUUAUUGAUUCUUAUCUUCAAGUGGUUUCAAGGGACAUCAACAUUCCAGUAAUGAAAGUAGUAGCUCUUGCUGAAGCUUUGCCAGAAAUUGCACGGCCAAAGCAUGAUGACCUCUACAAGGCAAUCAACACUUAUCUCAGGGAACAUCCUGAUGUGACUAAAGUAGAGAAAAAGCGCCUAUGUCGGAUCCUAAACUGCCAAAAAUUUUCCCCACAGAUAUGCGCCCACGUGGUGAAGAACGAGCGCUUACCGCUUAGAACAGUGGUGCAAGUCCUCUUCUUUGAGCAAGAACGAGGUUUGAGGCCUGUAGAUUGUAAGCUACCAUCUCAGCAUCUGUUCCAACGGCCUCAACCAACAGAGGGAAAUCAUCAGAGCAAUACACGAACUGGCCAGGAGGAAGCAUCAAGUGCGGGAGGGGCUAGGAGAAGAAGCUCAACUCCUGCCAUCCCCAAAAGAGAUCAUCAAAUAACAAUUAGUCCAGCUGCAAAGGGUAGGGAGAUCAGAAGAGAAGGAAUGACUGGAAAUGGAAGCAAGGUGGAUCCCAAGAAGAUCAUGCAACGGAAAAGCAUAUUAGACCAAGCUCAUAAAAGCAGAGAUAGAUAGAAAAUGUAGGGAAUGAAGGGCCCUUCCCAUUCUGUCUUGGCUGUUACCAUUGUAGUUCAUUUUUCUUUUUUACAAAGUAAAUAUCAUUGGUAUAUUUAUUUUAUUGCUGGAUGAUAAAAUGCCCAAUUAAUAAGUAUGUAUCUAACACUGCAUUCCAAUAAAGGACAUCAAUAUUCACGUGUUGAAUUUUGAUUAUUUGUCCUUCU